UGAGGAGUCCAGUCCGGAGCAGGGCAGGAGGCGGAGGGACGGUCCUCCCCGGCGCCUGCUCGGCCGGCGGCAGCAUGAAAAAGAACCAGACGGUGCAGGGCACCUUCAGCAAACUCUUCGGCAAGAAGCACGCCAACCCUCCCGCCACCUCCCUCUACGCCACCAACCCCCCCUGGAUUUUCACCCAGGAGGCCCCGGAGGAGGGGACCCGGCACUUCGACGGCAUCUAUUAUGGAGACAACCGAUUUGACACAGUGAGUGAGUCAGGAACCGCCACGCUGAAAGCUCGGCCAAGAGUCCGGCCCCUGCUGACCUUUCUUCCACUGGAUGCCCAGGAGAACCAUGGACUGGCUGUGCCCACCCCCUCUGUCCCAGACAGCUUUGCAGACAAACAAAUGACAGGCACCAGCAAGCUCAUCAACGGCAACCUCCGAUUAUACAGCUCUGUGGGGGACCUAAGGCCCAGGUACUAUGGCCAGGACUUGCUCAUCCCCCCGCCACCCCCGGGCCCAGCCCCGGCACCACCCUCAGACACUCCGCAGCCUCAAGAGGAGCCCUCACCACCACCUCCACCUUCCACAGCUCCCCCGCCUCCCCCGCUGCUGCUGCUGGAACCCCCGUCCCCGCCCAGCGUGGCCCCACCUCUGCCCCCAGUAAUGGGGGCCCUACCCGCCGCACCCCCCCUUCCCUCCCCAUCCACACCCACCCCUCCGGACUUCAUUCCCCCUGCCCCACCCCCACCCCUUUUGCCAGCCCCGGCUCCCCCAGCUCCAGUGUCUCCUCAUACACCGGGGACUCACCCCUUCCCCGCUGCGGGUAUCACCAAGUGGAAAUCAGAGGUAGCGCUGAGUGACGGGCAGCCAGAGGCCCCCAGAGGCAGCCCCCCCAGGAGCCCUGCUGAGCCCAAGGGGAGCCUCCUGGGACCAGAGAUCCACCUCACCUUCCCCAGCUCGCUCAAGGUGCCUCCCCCAACCCCAGUCAGGAUUUCAUCCAUCUCCAGUCAGGAAGCACAAGGGGCUCUUCCUGAGGAAGGAAAGGCCACCAAGAAGGCCCCCAGUCGACUCCCACUGCCUCCCAGCUUCCACAUCCGCCCCGCGUCCCAGGUCUACCCCGACAGGGCCACUGAGCCAGACCAUCCCGAGGAGCCCAGGGCUACGGCACCAGCCAGUCCGAGGCCGAGCCAGUCCCAGGCCUGGACAAGUGAACAAGCCGAGACUCCACCUCCAGCCCCUCCCCUGCCCCCUCCUCCACCCCCACUCCCUCCCCCAGCACCCCCCCUGCCCCCAGCUGCCCCUCCUUUGCCAUCUGCUGAGAAGGCAGCCCCUCCACCGGCUGGGGUUAUGAAAAGACCCAAGUCCAGCUCUCCUGCUCCCAAACCCAAACUUAACCCCCCCAGCCCGGAGGACACAGCCUCUUCAGAGUCCGUGGACUGGCGGGAUCCCAGCCAGAUGGCAAAGCUGCGGAACGAGCUGUCAGCCUAUCUCUGUGGCUCCAGGAGAGAGGACCGGUUUGCCAGUCAUAGACCAGGCCCAAUUGCAGCCUCUCAGGGAAAGGAGAGCCAGAAGGGCCCCAGCCUGCCAGAGAAAGAGGCGCCCCCAAGCCUGCCAGAGAAAGAGGCGCCCCCAAGCCUGCCAGAGAAAGAGGCGCCCCCAAGCCUGCCAGAGAAAGAGGCGCCCCCAAGCCUGCCAGAGAAGGAGGCGCCCCCAAGCCUGCCAGAGAAGGAGGCGCCCCCAAGUCUGCCAGAGAAGGAGGCGCCCCCAAGUGUUCCUGAGGAGAGUCCUUGCAGCCAGCCAGAGAGGAAGGCUGCCACCAGCCUGACCCUCCCACCUGUGGACUACAUCCCCCAAGACUUGCCAACUCCUAGCAUCUGGCAGAUCCGGAAUAAGUUGGAGGCCCAGCUUUCCUCAUCAGCAGAGAAGGAAGCCAAGCCCAGCAGAGGGUCUCUGCCUCCCAAACCUCAGCUAGAAGGGGGAAGAAUCUUUGAAAACAGGGCUGAUAACGGCAAAUUCUCCAAGCCCGUGGCCAAGAAUCUGCCACCUCUAUCCACCACCCCUCUGCCAACCACACCACUCCAGUCCAAGGCCACGCCUGGACCAGCCACACCUGCACCAGCCAUACCACCCAAGGCCACACCUGAGCCAGCCACACCUGGACCAGCCACACCACCCAAGGCCACACCUGAGCCAGCCACACCUGGAUCAGCCACACCACCCAAGGCCACACCUGGACGAGCCACACCACCCAAGGCCACACCUGGACGAGCCACACCACCCAAGGCCACACCUCUGCCCACCACAUCAUCCCAACUGAUAGCAGAGAAGAACCUAGUCCCAGCUGGGCAGUGGGAGAAGCCAGAACAUCAAGAACUUGCAGUGCCCUCCAAGUCAGAGGCAGAAGGGCGCUCCUCAGAGACCAGUAAGCCUACACAGGGAGCCCUCUCAUCUCCAGCCCUCCCCCCAAAGAUAUCCCCUGGCCGAGAAGAGGUGCCAUUUCUCUAUAAGCCCCAUCGCAGCCAGAACAGCCCCAGCAGAGAUGUGGCCGUGGUGAUGCCCACCCUGUCCAGAGGAGAGGCUGUAGGGUCAGGGGAGCCUGUGGAGGUGAAGGAGCCCCAGGGGCUGCCAGCCAAGCCCCCUGCCUCAGCCCCGCCCGCUGAGGAACUCCUCAGGCAUCCAGUGACAGGGGAGGUGGUGGAGCAGGGCUCCGCGAUGGCUCUGCUCCUUGCAGCCAGGCAGAGGGCACAGAAGGGGAGGUCCAGAGGGGCUGCCCUGGGCCAGUCCUCCCUGCCAGGGAGUCUCCGUGGCCACAGCCAGCCCAGGGCAGGCUCUGACAGCAUCUUCUACAACGACGGCCAGCCCAACUCCUUCACAGUGGUCCCCAAGGUACCCAAGGAGACUGAGAAGGACCCCCAGCUAACCUCGCCAGGACAGCCCAAGGUAACCAGUCAGUGGAAGCCCCAGCCCCGCAGAGACCCAGAGGGCAUGGAGCCCAGCCGCGGGUACAGCUGGACAAAGACGGAGCCGCAGGCCCCCGUGGCCUGGGAAAGACCAGCGCCCUCGAGCCUCCCCCGGGGCCGCCUGCUGCCCAAGUCCUCCUCUUCCCCUCCUCCUUCCCACAAGAGGGAGGAGGUGGAGUUCAACUUUGAGGUCAUCCCACCGCCGCCAGAAUUCAGCAAUGACCCCGCGCCCCCGCCCCGCGCCCUGCAGUAUCUGGGGCGCCGGGGCUCCCCUCCCCGGAACAACUUCUCAGACUUGGGGCAGCUCGCGGACGCGGGCCCCGCUUGCGGCUUCUCGCUCUUUUCCGCCAGUGCGGGCCCCUCCGGGGCCGCCAGGGGCCUGGACCAUUUCUCGGGCGGGGGCCGUUCGCUUAUCAAGAAGCGCCUGUACGUCGUCGGGGAGACCCACCGCAGCCCCAGGCUGCCCCGGGGCGGCACUGGCCGCAGCCCGACCUCCCCCAACUGCUUCGGGCCGCAGCCCAGAGGGCCCUUCGCAGCGCCCGGACGCCCGGAGAUGCGGCGCGUCAACUCGACGGGUCGCGCGCCCCCCGCCGGCCUGCACGUGCGGAAGAUGUCCCUGGAGGGCGCCCCCCGCGGAGAGGCCAAGUACAAAGCGCCCUGCGGCGGCGGCGGCAACUGCGGCGACUGCGGCUGCGCCCCGGCUACCCGCAGGUCUCCCCACAGCAACCCCCACUAUGGAAGCUCCAUCAACACAUUCACCGUGAGGCCCGGGACCCGGCAUCCCAUCUCCUAUGCCUACUCGGGGGCCCAUAGGAAGGCCCCAUCCUGAGCCCAGGGUUUUCUCAGUUCCUCUCCAAGGGGUCGGAUCCGGGCACUUGUUUUUGUGGGGGGUGGGAGGGACGCAGCAGGUGUUAAGUAGCCUCACUCAGACACAGAGAAGUCUGUUUCCCAAAGACAGACAGGGGGACAACAAGUGAAGCAGUGGCCCCAGGAAGAGUAAGAUUGAACUUCUGUUUCCCAAAGCACUGGUGUGGCUGUGGACUGUCUGCAGAUGGGGGUGGGAGGGGGAAGGAGGGAGGAGAGGAGGGACCUUUAAGGAGCUGGAGCCUGAGUUUUCACUGUCUGGUACUAUUUGCUUUAGCAAGGCUUAUUGAAAGCAGUUUUCCAAGCAGGCCUACUGAGCAGGUUCUAAAAGCAAGGGCUGGAGCGCUCGCUUAGAAUGGGAACCCAUCGGGAUGGCUGUGAUUGCUGGUCAGGCCCUCAUGAGGGGCUGAGGCCCAGCCCUGUCUGGGUUGGGGGUGCAGGGUGCUACAGGUUGACCUCCUCAGCCUCCACCAGUCCUCCAGUUGCCACUCCCAGAGGCGACACCUGGGGUUCCUAGCAUAGAAGCCACAUUGAGGUGUGAGCAGGAAUAUGCAUGCACAACAUGUAGAGAAGGUACUGGAACAAAGUGCUUUGCAUUGACCAAGGGUGGGGAUAGGGGUACUGGUGGUUCAUUUCUCCCUGGCCCUGAGCUACAGGAAGGCCUAGAGAGAGAAGACGUGGCAGGUUUGGGAUGGAAGACAGAGGAUUAAAGCUUGCUUUUCUAUUCAGACCCAGGCAGCCAUGAUUUGGGGGAUCGGGCCCAAGGAGCCAGAAAGCCUGGGGCUUGACACCAAAGGCCUUACAUGGCCAGGUCCUAUAUGGGAUUUGGAGGGGCAUCAUUCCCAACCACCCCUCCCAACCCCAAUACUACAGGUCUCCAAUAUUACUGAGGCCUUAGAAUGUGUAACCAAGAUGCCAGAAGGCCUUGUAGAGUAGAAGGUGACAGAGAUGGGAAUAGAGGUCUGAGAGGAGUUUGCUGCAAGUAUGCAACGUGUUUUGGAAAGUCAAGAGUGGCAGGACUGGGCCAGUUCAGAGCAGGGGAGCCCUAUCAGUAGGGUGACCAUUUGUACUUUGCUGGGAAGUCUGGGUUUAUGCCUGUUUUCCAGUGAGUGAGAACCCCUUCCACUUUCAAAAAAGUCCUGGUUUAGAUAAUAUAUGGUCACCAAACAUAUCAGGAAACAAUAUUCUUUGGUCAAUCUUCUGUCUUCAGGUCUUGGUGGGCUGAAUUCCUGGGGCCAGGCCAAGGAAGGCUACCUGGGUAAGGAGGAAGGGCAGGGGGUGCCCACCUCAGAGGAGCAGGCUGGUAGGGGCAGCCAGGAAGCAGUUCCCUUUGGGGGCACGAUGAUGGACCUCUAUGAUUUGUGCUAACCAGCCAAGGUAACAGGGUGUGGGGAUAGCAGAUGACCACUUCAGGGAAAGAGAGUGCAGGGAUGGGUGGGCGCCCUGAUGGGGCAGGAUCUGGUUACCUGUGUCUAAGAAACGAACCCCACCCCAGUGCCAGCACUGGCUCUCUCUCUAUAUAUAUGUAUUUUCCCUGUAGAAUGUUUUAUAAAAGAGUUCACUAAUUUAUCUGCUGUGUUAAGGCUUGAGGGGUGGGGUGUGGAUUCCCAACUGUAUCUUGCUCUGGGGUGGGCAGGGAAGGACUGAUUCUCACUUGGCUUGGGAAAUAAACAGGCCAGUUUGGAUGGCCUCCA